AAGGGGGAGGGGACAUAAAUAGUGUCUACCUCCUAGAGGUAUUCUGAGGAUUAAACUGGGUCAUGUACUAAAGGGCUUAGAGAGGGCCUGAGACAUUGAAGUGCUGACUGGGAAGCAAAGAACUGAGUCAGGUAUGGCCAGGGCAAGAGGAGUAAAGGAGGGAACCAAGAUUCAGUCCUUUGGGAUGACGGGGAGCCCUGAUCCCGCUCUGUCCAGAAGCCAGAGCCACAUACAUGGAGGAUGCAGGAAGUAGGCCCUUGAGUUAAAGAUAAAGUCCUAAAGUCCUAGGGUCUUGAUGCAUAGACAAGAGAGUGUCCCUAUAAAAACUGACUCCCAACAAAUGGGCUGGUUUGUUUUCAAAUGUCAGCCUCCUGUCAGGGACAAUCAUUUACCCUGGCAUUGUGAUUCCUUGCACCCCCUCCCCCUUCCAUGGAGUCCUGGUUUCUAUCUCUCCCUGCCUCUCAGAUUCCAGACUAAGGUCAGUGACUCCCAACCUCGAGCCCCCAGGUAUGCUGAGGGGACUUUCAUCAGUGACUACAGUAUCGCCAUGGACAAGAUCCGCCAACAAGACUUUGUGAACUGGCUGCUGGCACAGAAGGGGAAGAAGAAUGAUUGGAAACACAACAUCACCCAGAGGGAGGCCCGGGCCCUAGAGCUGACCCAUCAAUCCAACAGGAAGAAGGAGGAGGAGAGGGAGCAGCAGGGCUCCCUGCCCAGAAACCCCUGCGAUGAAGAUUUGCUAAAGGAUUUACUGAUUCAAGAGCUGCUGGCCUGGCUCAUGGACCAGAUGGAGCUCUACAGGCGCAGAUUUCAGUGACUCUCACCAAAGCCAGCUCAGGACUGGACUCUGCCCUUCACUUACUCAGCUCCUGCCUCAGCCCCAUUCCAGGGUGCCCAAGAGAAGCCAAAUCAAUAAAGUUUAAGCUGAAAUAAA